GCUUAAUGGAAGGUGAUGGGCGCCAAGGAGAUGCGGGCUUUGGAGUUUCGAGGCGCAAGAAGACACGAAUCGCAAUUGCUGUUGCAUGUGCUCUCUCCAGCUUCAACCAACUCUGUGACUCUCCUUUAUUUUUUAUUCUACUUAAGAGUCAGGACGCAGCGCGUUUGACCUCGAGCAUCGCCCACUUUCCUAUCUGUGCUGUAUACCAGCAACUGCGACUUUGCACCUAGACCGACUUGGACCCGCGUACAAUAGAAAGGCGCCGCCGCCAUGUCGACCGAAUACAGCUAUGACGAGCAGGGCCAGUUCUUCCCUUUCUUCUUCGUGACGGUAGCUGGUCUGGUCACGCUACCAGUGACAUACUCUCUACUGAAGCCUAGCAAAGGUAUAUGCCACUCCCUUGUCAAUUCAGGUCUACAUACUUACAAUAGUUCAGACCUUGAGAACACAGCGACGCGAAUCGAGUCGUCCUAUACACCCGAACAUGCAGACCUCAUCGACGCACACCGAAGACGGCAAAAGAGGAGGGAGCGCAAGAUCAAGCGCAUGAUUGUGGCUGGUGUAGGAUGGACCACAAUCGCCUUGAUGGUCUACCUGAUGGCUGUAACACAGCGCAGCACACCUAAGAUCUGGGAUCCCUAUGAGAUUCUUGGUGUCCCCAUGUCAUCAACCGAGAAGCAGAUCCAGAGCCGCUACCGCAGACUGUCUGUUACCAUGCACCCGGACAAGGCUGUGCCUGACGCAUCAAAGAACGAGACCGCCGAAUCAGUCAAUGAGCGCUGGGUCGAGGUCAUCAAGGCCUACAAGGCUCUCACCGACGAGGAUGUGCGCAGGAACUUUAUCGAAUACGGAAACCCCGACGGCAAGCAGAGCACCAGCUUUGGUAUCGCUCUUCCUCAGUUCUUGAUCACCGAGGGUAAUGGAAAAUACAUUCUGAUCGUCUACGGAGCCUUGUUGGGAGUCUUGCUUCCAUACUUUGUCGGCCGCUGGUGGUACGGAUCGCAAAAGGUCACGCGCGAGAAGAUUUUGGUCAACAGCGCUGGCAACAUGUUCAAGGAGUUCACCGAGCGCAUUGACGACCACGGUGUUGUCAACUUGCUCAGUUCCGGCGCAGAGUUCGAGGCUUUGUUGCACGGCCACAAGGCUGAUGCUGGAACUGGCCAGCUCGAGAAGCGUCUUCUUUCGGAAGCCCACGUUCUGACUGAGAAGGACCGCCGCUUCUUGCAGGACAUGGACGACACGGUUCGUCGCAAGACUCUUGCGCUGCUCUGGGCCUACCUGGCUCGUGUUGAGCUUAAUGACCAGACUUUGAACGACGAAAAGUACCAGCUCGCACCUACCGCCCUUACCCUCAACGAAGCCUUUGUCUCCAUCUGUCUGGCCUAUGGAUUCACUAACCCCGUUCUCGCCGCCUACCGCACCUCGCAAAACCUGAUCCAAGCCGUCGCUCCCGAAUCGCCUCCUCUUCUUCAACUGCCUCACUUCAGCGAGCAAGUCGUCAAGGCCAUCGAAGACAAGAUCGAGCAGCGUAGUCACUUGACCAUCCAAUCCUUCAUGAACUUCCCCGACGCUCGUCGCCGCGAACUCGCCUCAUCUGCCGGUCUUUCCACACCUCAACUCGACACUGCCAUCAAGGUUGCCUCUCAGCUGCCCCGCCUCGUCAUCGAACGCACCUUCUUCAAGGUCACUGGCGAGAAGCACAUCACCCCCAAUUCCCUCGUACAAUUCGUCGUCAAGGCCCGCUUUAUCCCUCCUGGUACUCGCGACAUCCCUGAUGUCCACCCCUCGGACCUCGAAGACAUCGACCCCGACGAGACCGACACCAAGGCCAACGCUCGUCCAGACCCCGCCGAGCAGAAGCAACAUCAACCCCCUCUCGCCCACGCUCCCCACUUCUCGCGCGACCACUCUCCCCGCUGGCACCUUUUCCUCGCCGACUCGCGUCAAGGCAAGGUCGCUGUUCCUCCCUUCACCUUCACCACUUUCGACAAGCCCAUCUUGGACGCUUCCGGAAAGCCUACUUUCAAUGUUCAGACAUUGAAGAUGCAAUUCCAAGCUCCCCCGCAACCUGCACACUACAAGUUCCAGAUGCACCUUGCUUGCGACAGUUAUAUUGGCUUUGACGACAAGAGGGAUGUUAUCCUGUCUGUUGACGACCCGAGUCAGAUCGAAGAGGCAGAGUGGGAGGAUGAGGAUAUUUCCGAACCCGAAGAAGGUGAGUGCCUUGAAAUGUACCAUAUCAGAAAGUCUCAUGCUAACACGUCAAUUGCAGAUACUAUUGCGGGACAAAUGGCCACCCUUCGUGGUAGUGCUACGAAGAAGGCAUCGUCUCCCAAACUCAAGAGCAAUGACGACAGUGACGAAGAGAGUGGAACAGACGAAGAGGAAGAGACGGAGAGUGAGACGGACACUGAUACCGAUACUGAUGAAGAGUAGAUGUAAAAAAUAUCCUCCUCUGAACCGCGAAUUUUGAUAGCAUUACCCACACAAAUGGCGUUCUUUUUUCUUCUUGCUUUUGCUUCUCUCUUGCAAAA